UAAAAAAUAUAUUGGGAUCCGCCAGUGGUGGUGCUCGAGCACCGAAAACAAUGACGGACAUUCGAGUCGACGAGAAGAAGAAGAAGAAGAGUGCGGUAAGAGUGUAAACAGAAGCGUAACAGCCGCUUGUGAUGCUCUAAAUCAGCUCUAUUUAUCACACUAUAAUCCUGUAUGGUCACGAGAAAUCCUGGAGAGGCAGUUUUAACAUGGAGUGACACGACUUCUGACGUACAGAUGCCACUGGCACAUGCCCAUAGAUAUAUACACUAGAUGUCGCCUGGCCUAUUGUUGUCUAUUGGACGGAAUGCAUCUAAAGCGCCGCCAUCUUGCUACAGGGUAGCGCUCCUUUGAAAUGAAUGCGGGACCAAGCUGAGGAAGCAGCAAACAGGAGGAAUUACAGCAGGAGAAAGAACUGACAUACUGUAGUAAAGAUGGAGAUUGAGGAAGAACCCUGCAGAAUAAAGGAGGAAGAGACAGAGGAACAAAUAGACCAGGCGGAGGGGAAUGAAGACAAACAGCACCUGUUUAAUAAUCCUCAACGAUUCACAAGUGAACAUUCACAAAUGAAAACGGAACAGAAAUACAUACAGAUCGAGCAAGAUCGAAGAAUUAGAGUCAUAGGAUCUUUCAUCUGCUGCGAAUGUGGGAAGAGUUUAAAAAGUGAACUAUGGCUUAAAAAGCACACGAUGAUGGUUCACACUGGAGAAAAACUACUAACAUGCACUCAGUGUGGAAAAGGUUUUGUAGACGAAGCCAAACUGGAGUCACACUUGAAGAGUCACACUAGAAACCGAUCAUUUACCUGCACUGAGUGUGGGAAGAUGCUCAAAAGUGAAGACAAGUUAAACAACCACGUGAGGAUUCACAAUAAAGAAAGACCCUUCAGCUGCUCUGUGUGUGGAAAGAGCUUCAAGACUGAACACAACUUAAGCCAGCAUCAGCGUGUUUACUGUGACGUGAAGCCGUUGAGCUGUGAUCAGUGCCAUAAAACAUUUCUCUCCAGAUCACGGUUAAAAUCACACCUUAAAUUUCACUCUGAAGUGAAGCCUCACGUUUGCUCUCUGUGUGGAAAGAGUUUCUUAUAUCUGAAUAUGUUAAAGGAGCACGAGCUUAUUCAUUCUGGAGUCAAACCUCAUGUGUGUUCAGACUGCGGGAAGAGCUUUAGUUCAUCAAACUACCUAAAAAAGCACCAGAUCGUCCACACUGAUGUGAAUCCGUUCUCCUGCACUCAGUGUGGGAAGACUUUCAAGGAGAAAAGAUCUCUGAAAGAUCAUCUGACCGCUCACGCCGGAGUGAAGCCGUUCAGCUGUGAUCAGUGCGAUAAAACAUUUCUGUCUGCAUCGUACCUUAGAAAACACUUGAAAGUUCACUCCGGACUCAAGCCUCAUGUUUGCUCCUUUUGUGGAAAGAGUUUUCUGGCGCUGCAAGCUUUAAAGCUUCAUCAGAUGAUUCACACCGGAGAGAGACCUUACGUGUGCUCUGAGUGCGGGGACAGCUUUCUCAGAUCGAACUACUUAAAAAAGCACCAGCGGAUUCACACCGGAGAGAAACCGUUCGCAUGCGCUCAGUGUGGAAAGAGUUUCAGAUAUAAAAACAAUCUAAAAGUGCAUCUGGUCUCUCAUACUGGAGUGAAGCCGUUCAGCUGUGAUCAGUGCCAUAAAACAUUUGUUUGUUCAACAAACUUGAGAAACCACCUUAAAAUGCAUGCUUCUGUGAAGCCUCAAACAUGAUUCUGCCUUAAUGAAGCUCUUUUUGUGAUAGAAGCACAACUGCGACCUUUAUAAGCCCAUCAGAUUCUUCAUACCGGAGUGAAACCUCAGUUUUGGUGCAUCAAGCUACUUAAGGAAACACCAGAGAAUUCACACUUUAGAGAAACUGUACAAGUGUUCACAUUAGCCCCG